AAAGCAGCUCACUAGCCCGACUGGGACAUCAGAACAUCUCCAGAAUUUCUAAAAAAGACCCCGUCCAGUGUGACAGAGUGUCCAGGCCCCUGAACUCCCCACAUCGCUUUGAUAACGUGCUUUGGGGAACCCUUCUUAUAUUAUCGUUGUGUUCCUUGCGUUCUCCACAUACAAAAGUUUGGACUUGUGUCACACGGCAGACCGACAAAAUGGCGAUGCAGCUUGAUUUGUCUCAAGCUUCUGUGAUGAAAGAUGAGCAGGGCCGGCCGUUCAUCGUUGUUCGAGACCAGGGAAAGAAGAAGAGGCAACACGGCAACGAUGCUGUGAAAUCACAUAUUGUUGCGGCCAAAACUGUUGCCAACAUUGUUAAGACGUCUCUGGGUCCUCGUGGUCUCGACAAGAUUCUUAUUUCUCCAGAUGGCGAUAUCACCGUGACUAACGACGGCGCAACCAUUUUGUCCCAGAUGGAAAUCACAAACAAUGUUGCUAAGCUGCUAGUGGAACUUUCGAAGUCUCAAGACGAAGAAAUCGGUGAUGGAACAACGGGUGUUGUCGUCCUGGCGGCCGCUAUGCUGGAGCAGGCGUCUGACCUGAUCGAUAAGGGCAUCCACCCAAUUCGGAUCGCAGAUGGUUAUGAUCAAGCCUGUGAGAUCGCUGUUGCACAGCUCGAUAAGAUUAGUGACGAGAUCCUUUUUACCAAGGAAGACACUUCCAACCUACUGAAGGUCGCUAAGACUAGUCUGGGUAGCAAAAUUGUUUCCAAAUCUCACGAUCAGUUCGCCAAGAUCGCCAUCGAUGCCGUCCUCUCUGUUGCAGAUCUCGAACGUAAAGACGUCGAUUUCGAGUUGAUCAAGGUCGACGGCAAAGUGGGCGGUGCCCUCGAAGAUUCUCUGCUUGUCAAGGGUGUCAUUGUCGAUAAGGACUUCUCCCACCCUCAGAUGCCCGAUGAAGUUAAGGAUGCCAAAUUGGCAAUCUUGACCUGCCCAUUCGAGCCCCCCAAGCCGAAGACGAAGCAUAAGCUUGACAUUACGUCCGUCGAGGAGUUCAAGAAGCUACAAGAUUAUGAAAGAGAGAAGUUCACAGAGAUGAUCCAACACCUGAAAGACUCGGGUGCUAAUUUGGUCAUCUGUCAAUGGGGUUUCGAUGACGAAGCAAACCAUCUCCUUCUCCAGAACAAUCUUCCUGCCGUCCGCUGGGUUGGUGGUCCUGAAAUUGAGCUCAUUGCUAUUGCAACGAAUGGUCGUAUCGUUCCUCGCUUUGAGGACUUGAAUGCAGAGAAGCUAGGAACAGCAGGCAGUGUCCGGGAGAUGACUUUCGGCACCACCCGUGAGAAGAUGCUUGUCAUUGAAGAUUGCGCCAACAGCCGUGCUGUCACCGUCUUCGUGCGUGGCAGCAACAAGAUGAUCAUUGAUGAAGCUAAGCGAUCACUACAUGAUGCCCUCUGCGUUGUGAGGAACCUAGUGCGAGACAACCGCGUUGUAUAUGGUGGUGGUGCCGCUGAAAUUGCCUGCUCUAUUGCCGUGGAAGAUGCCGCCGUCAAGAGCCCUGGAAUCGAGCAGUAUGCCAUGCGCGCUUUCGCAGAUGCGCUGGAUGCCGUGCCAUUGGCACUGGCCGAGAACUCCGGUCUGAGCCCGAUUGAGACGCUUGCCUCGAUCAAAUCUCGCCAGGUUAAGGAGAACAACUCGCGGUUGGGAGUCGACUGCAUGAUGACCGGCAACAACGAUAUGCGGGAGCACUUUGCUAUUGAUCCUCUGAUUGGAAAGAGGCAACAACUUUUGCUCGCAACUCAGCUCUGCCGUAUGGUUCUUAAGAUUAACAACGUCAUCAUUUCCGGUGAUGAUGAGCAGGAGUUCUAGAUUUCUUGUAUACAAUUCGAUUUUGAUGGCCAAAAGUGAGACUUUCGGUUGUGGUUGUUGAUAUCACACAAUUCAUGCCAUGGGUAAUUAGUUGAUUGGUGUCUAAAACAUGGCGAAUACAUAGAGGUCCGUUGCAACGGAUGAA